GGUACAAUGCAAGUAUAUAUUAAGGCUUAUAUAUGCUAUUUUGUGUGAAAAAAAUGCAUUUUAUUAAGAGAAGAAUAUGUGCAGCGAUUAUAUUAGGAUUAAUGUAUGCCAAAAUAAAAUUUAUAUUUGUAGAAGCUAGUAGUGCACUGUCAAUGGAUAAUACAAAUGCGCAUCAAGGCCAAAUGGAACCUGGCUUGAGUAGUUCUAUGGAUACUAUAAACUCAAGUAUAACUAAAGAAAAAAAUAAUAUUAGAAGAGGGUGCGCUACAGUGAAUGACUCAAUAAAAAAAUCUGGAAAAAACAAAUGCAAUAGCAACAAAAAUGUGGAAUUCAAGCCGCAACAUGAAUCUAUUAUUAUUAUAAAAGAAUACAGGCAGAACUUUGAAAGAAUCACAGGACAAUCUUUAAACAACUAUAUAGAGAGCUGGGCAGGAUGCAUUCAAAAACCACAGCAUAAUAUUUAUGAAUAUAUUGCAAAUAAAGAUGUUAUAAAGGAAAAUAUUUUUAAUGAAUUAUUAGACAUUUUUAGAGCUAAUAACAAUGAUCCUUCUGUAGGCGUGAAUAAACUAUACAACAACCCGAAAUAUAAAUUCUCGAAUUUGCCUAUUCUUAGUCCUAGAGCUAGCGAGUAUUAUCUAUUCGUAAAAGAUAACCUCAAAAAUAUGCUUAAUGCAAAGAAUUCAUUAAUAAACAAUUCGAGCCAAGAGCUAGAGGGGCUUAAAAAGGAUGUGCCAAGUAAUUCAGAACUCGCGAAUGUCUUUGUAACACUGAUAAAAUCGCCUGGAUUGUACAAAAGUUUUGACUUUAGAGAUAUGCUCCAAACUAGCUCAAAGCAAUACAGCCACAAUAUAGUUGAUUUCUCUACACCAGAAAAAGACUCUAGCACGAUUAAUUCUCUUAAAGAUAAAAUACACCAGAUUGAAAUAAAAUUACUAAAUUUUAUUGGAAGUUUAUUUUACCAGAUAGAGUUAUUCCUAGCAGGGCAUCCUAUAUUUAAUUCUAAUAAGAAAAGGCUAGAUUUUGAUCUUGCUGAUAUAAAUUAUAAAUUGCCCUUAGAUGAUACGACCAGUAAUAUAUUUAAUUUAAGAAUAAAGCUAAUUAAAGAAGCAUGGAAGUUUACAAGCAAUUUAUUUAUUCAGCAGAUGCCAGAGCUGUUUCAAUUUCUAGAGAAUGUGUCAAAUGUUCAAACUCCUGAUAGAUUGAUAGAAUUUAAAAAGUAUUUAUAUGACAAUGAUAAUUCAAAUAGGAUUAUGAUCAGAAAAAGCGCACGCUUCAAUCUAAUUCACAAGUUUAUUUAUACAGUAAAAAUGGAUAUUGCUGAGGUAGAUGUAUUAAAAAACGACAUUAAUGAGAUGAAUCGUAUUUCUUCAAACAUAGAGUAUUUAGCAGAGGAGGCACUGAAAAUGCUAAAUUUUAUUACGCUAGACUUUAAAAGCGGAAAAAAGAAUGUAGAUGCUUACAAAGCAUUAAGUAAUAAGGCCAAUCCAUUGUUUCCUUUAGAAAAAGAGUGCAAAGAAUUUGAAACUACGUGGCUUAAUAUAGAAAAACACGAAAAGCAUGUGCAGGAAAUAGCAAAAUAUGUAGAUAAAUACUUAGCCCUGGCAGAUGAAAAGAGGGGGCUAAGUAAUUAUUCAUAUACUAUUAAUUUGGUCAAAGAGCUGAUUAAUGUUUCUUCUAAACCAGAUAAUAAGCUUUUAAAGGCUAUCAAUGCGUGUAGCUCAGCUAUCAAAAAGAUUUUUCCAUUUAUAAAACAGUAA